GUUUCCAUGGCGACGGCAAACAAGGCCUGACUGGAGGGCCGCAGCUGGGCUACUACUCCCGCCGCCGCCAUGAUUCCCCCCGCGGACUCUCUGCUCAAGUAUGACACCCCGGUGUUGGUGAGCCGGAACAGAGAGAAACGGAGCCCCAAAGUUCGGCCACUGAAAGUCAGCCCUCAGCAGCCCGGACCCUCAGGUCCCGUCCCACAGCCACCAAAGACCAAGCUCCCCUCAACUUCCUGUGUUCCAGAUCCUACGAAGCAGGCAGAAGAAAUCUUGAAUGCCAUCCUGCCCCCGAGGGAGUGGGUGGAGGACACGCAGCUCUGGAUCCAGCAGGUGUCCAGCACCCCCAGCACCAGGAUGGAUGUGGUCCACCUCCAGGAGCAGCUGGACCUGAAGCUGCAGCAGCGGCAGGCCCGGGAGACCGGCAUCUGCCCGGUGCGCCGGGAGCUGUACUCGCAGUGUUUCGAUGAGCUGAUCCGCGAGGUUACCAUCAGCUGUGCGGAGCGAGGGCUGCUGCUGCUGCGAGUCCGGGACGAGAUCCGCAUGACCAUCGCUGCCUACCAGACCCUGUAUGAGAGCAGCGUGGCAUUUGGCAUGAGGAAGGCGCUGCAGGCCGAGCAGGGGAAGUCAGACAUGGAGAGGAAAAUUGCAGAAUUAGAAACGGAAAAGCGAGAUUUGGAGAGGCAAGUGAACGAGCAGAAGGCAAAAUGUGAGGCCAUCGAGAAGCGGGAGAGUGAGAGGAGACAGGUGGAGGUGACAAAGCACAACGAAGAGAUUCAGUUCCUGAAGCGGACUAAUCAGCAGCUGAAGUUCCCUCUGAGGCCCUGCAUUCGGGGCGGGCAGGGAAGGCUCUUCGAGACGGAAGAACCAUUUCAAAUCAGGAACCUUCCCGAGGCCCAACUGGAAGGCAUUAUUGCACCAAAGAAGUGAUAAUUUCCAUAUGAGUCUCAGCAAGCACUACUACCCCAUCCUAAGCCCUUUGUAAUAAAAAGCUUCCUGAGUGAAGCCAUACCCCUCCCCUGGUCCCACCUAUGUAUUUGUCAGAAGCCACACCACCGCCCCAGCGUGGUGCAACACCUGCAGUCUGGCAGCCAGGCUCCGGGCUGGACAGCAGAAGGCGGUGUGGCCCAGGAAGUCUCUGUACGUGGCCAACCUUGGGAUUUGCCAACUCCAACAGCGAGACUCAGAAUUCACCCCUUUUGGCUGUAUCCCUCUCAGGUGGAGCAGCUCCUUUCUCACUGUCACUCCAUACUAUUACUUAUUUCCAGCCACACAAAGCUGCUUCUCUGCCCCGCAAUUCAUCUUGUCCCUUAACCCGGGCUCCUGUGGCCUCAGUCUUGCCCUUAUUUGAUGUCUUUUCAUCAUCCCUACUCCGGUGCAGUUCUAGUACCUCAUUUUGGAGUUUUCGGUUUAUACCGUAUCAUCUUAUCCCCGCUUGCCAAGUCACUGGACCCCAUCCUCCUUAGUUUUGGACUGCCUGGGUAGGAGGCAAUGGCAGGGUCAAACCCAUGGGUUUCAAGAAAGUAAACAUGUGCUGGAAAGAAAUACAGGUCACGGUGUCCACUGUGAGCUGCCUGGACCUCGGCUCCUCCCCCAGCACUGAUUUGUUCACUUUGCUCUGCAGACAAUCAAACCCCAACCCUACAGCCUGACUAGCCCAAACCUCACUCUCAGUUCUAAUUAUUCAUGACUGGGCCAUGGCCUGUAGACAAGUGCAUUUUACUAUUCCUCGUAAGCUAAACUCAGUUUGGAGGUUCAGGAGUCUUCUGAUUUCACAGACCCAGAAGACUAAAUGAGUGACAUAAAUCCUUGAUUCAGGGCACACCAGCAGCUCAACGAGUGCCACCGUUCAGUCAAACUUCACAACUAGCAUGACUAAGGCGGCACUAACAUCUCCCCUCGGUCAGAAGGCCUCAAGUGCUCAGUGUUCUCUUGGAAAGGGGCUCAGGUCGGAUACCUGUCCUGGCUAGGGCUUCCAGGCUCACUGGCUGAACUGCAGUCCAACAAGAAGAGCUGUGUUCCACUGAGUCAAACAAGCCCUCUACACUCUAACCUCAAAUUUGAAGUCACAGCUUUUACCCUCAUCCAGGUGUCCUGAGCAAUUAAUCCCAAGAUUCCACUAAAAUGGCCUGUCUGUGCUCUGUCAUUUUCAUGGGAAAGAACUGUGGUCACUGAGAUGUGCUAGUCCCAUGACUCCUUGACAGUACAGCACUCAUGUCCUGUUAGGUUCCCCUUGCAGACUCAAUGACGGACAACACAAGUUGCUGUGGCUUUUUCUUCGUAUUUUAAAGCCUAGGCUCUGCACAUGACAUCCCUAAAAUUUUCUUCUUUUUACAGUACUAUUCCAAAGAGCUCCUGUUCUAAAUUGCUCAUUGCCAGUACAAAAGAAAUACCACACUCCACAUUUUCUACACCUCAGGCCUGUUUCUGUCAGAUAUCUCCAUAUGCUUGAGGAACUCACAGGGCUAAUUCAAGCGUCAGAAGUUCCAGUGGACCCCAUCACUGAGGUCCUUGGGGGUGAGGGGCUUAUCUUUAUUUUCACUAGCACUGGUGAAUGGUUUCAACUGUCAAAUCUCAGAACAGAUGCAUCCAUGGCCUUCGAAAUGCCAACUGGGCAUGAAGAAAAUGAACAGAGUUUCUAAGUGCGUAUUUUUGUAGAAUUUAAU